AUGACUGAAGAAGAAGUUCCUCAAGAAGAAUUACAGAUUUGUCCAAUCUGUCAUAAGGCUCGUCAUCUAGGCGUCUUAGAGACAUGCACAAAAUGCAAAACCGCAUUAACUCACGAUAAAUCAGAUCCAAAUACAGGAUAUUGUGCGAUUUGUGAGCCUUUAAUUCCAAGUUCCAUUCUUGAAGAAUGUUCUUUGGCUAUUGCUCAAGCUGCUCCUGAGGAUGUUGGAUGCACUAUCUCAUCACAGAAAAGAAAUACCAAGAAAUACUACAAAUCAAUGAACUCAUGGAUGGACACUUUGGAAGAGUUAAAUGAUAUCACAAACGAUUCCCCAUUACCUGAGGAUAACAUGGAAGCAAGUUGCUGCAUCAGAUGGGCUACAUACAUAUCAUUUACAGUUAACUUACUUUUGCUUGCUGCUAAGAUUGUUGCCGUUUCAUCCUCUGUUUCAUAUACAAUUAUUUCUUCUGUUACAGAUUCAGCUCUUGAUAUAAUUGCAGGUACAAUUAUCUCAUGCACUGCCGCUCACUCCAAAUUCACUCGUGAAGACCUUGACAAAUACCCUCUUGGAAAAUCUAGAGUUCAUGUCGUUGGUAUCCUUGUUUUCUCGGUUCUUAUGGCUGCAUGUGCCCUUUAUAUCAUUUUACAGUGCAUCCUUUCACUGGUCGGUCAUCAAGUCCCAGAUAAAACAACAUUACCAGCAAUAAUCAUCAUGGGAGCAACAAUUGGUAUCAAAUUAACCAUGGCAAUUGUUUAUUAUCUUCUUGGACACCCUAUUACGAAGACUCUUGCCGAAGAUCACAGAAACGAUGUCCUUACAAACUCAUUUGGCCUCUUUAUGUACUGGGGAUCCUCAAAACUCGGUUGGUGGAUGGAUUCUGCCGGCGGCAUUGUUCUUUCUGCUUUCAUCGUCUUCUCGUGGACAAUGAAUGCACUGGAGAACGCCAAGAUGAUGCUCGGUAAAUCUGCACCACCCGAAAUUAUCAGAUCCAUUACAUACGUGGCCGCUCACCAUCACCCUCUUAUUAUGUCCGUUGAACAGGUUAUUGCAUUCCAGGCCGGUCCGAUGUAUCUAACUGAGCUCCAUAUUGUAGUUCCAGGAAAUCUUCCUCUAGAACUCGCCCAUUGGAUCGGAGAAAGCUUACAGUUGAAGGUCGAAAGAAUGCCUGAUAUAGAGAGAGCGUGGGUUCACGUUGAUUGUGAAUCUCACAACGAAAAUGAACACGUUCUCUUUAUGAGAGCUGCCGGAAAGCUCGAACAAGAACCUCCUCAGUCAACUCAGAACGUGUCAGUGAAUGUUGAACAGCCACAGACUCCAGAACAGGUCUAA